UCCACUUCCGAUCCGAUCCUUAUCAGCCCCGAGAGCCCUGAACUGCAGCGGAGGAGGAAAGGAAAGGAACAAGAUGCAGGGACUGGCGAGUCGGAGAGAAGGGAGGUUCACCCCGUCGUUGGUGCCGUUGCUGCUGGUCGGACUACCCCUCGCAUACGCAUCCUGCACGUUCCCAUCCAGUUGGACAGGACAAUGGUACCAGAACUCAAAGGAGUCGAAUGUGACGAUAAGCGGCUCCACCUUAGGUGACAGGACUUGCAUCGACAAAAGGAACGACAUGUACAUCGUCUACGACAACGCGGAGAAGUGCUAUCGCUGCCUCGUCAUCAACGACCGCCACGAGAACGUGAUCCAGUUUCGAGAAGUGGGCAUGUGCAAGACCGAGGGCGACUCGUUCGACGCGUUGUGCUACGUCGUCAGGUCCGACGAGAUCCUGUACUCCAUGUUCAGGCUGGACUCGAAACCGAUCGCGUGUCCAUUUAAUGGGCCCCCCUUCACGUUUUCCUACAACCGAGGGGAUUCCAAGGAGUGUCUCAACCCCGUCAGCCACGCGGAAAGCUGCACCGACGAGAGCAAGUUGCUUCUCAAGUACCAGGCCUGCCCCGACGUCGAGGGCACCGAGAGCAACACCGAAGAACUGCAGUGCCUGGCGACGUGGAAAGAUGGCAGGAUGAAAUACCUGGUGGGGACCCUGAAAGUCUUCGGAAGAGGUGCCUUGGGCUACGAGAAAUCUUACAGAUGUUUCGUCUACGACGUGAAGCAUCACGAGGGUCGGAUAACUUAUCAGCUCGCCGAUUCGGGAGAUCCGACAUGCAACGGCCUGAAUUCGGUCUCGGAGGGAUCUCGAGCUCUGAAAUUCACUAAAGUUCCUGCCGAUGUUGCAGUGGACAGGGAGCACAGCCGCUGCAAGUAUCCUUCCUGGGUGACCCAACACCACGACUGGCACUCUUUGGACGGCUCGAGGAGCUACCAUUUCACCAGUGGAAACGCCACGUUGAAAGUGACGCUACAAGACAACACCGGGGACGUCCCUUACGAGGAGAAAAUCGUCUGUCACAAUCUGGAGAACGACAACGUGCAAGGCCACAGAGUGAAGUUGGUCGCGCACUUCACCAGCGGCUGCGACAGUGGUUACGUCUGCAUGAUCUUCCACAGAAGGGACGGCCAUGUAAUCGAGCUGCAGCAGUCGAAUCAAAAAGCAAUUAUGCCAGACGAGGCGUGCACCUUAUCGGAUCCGUCAUUAAUGCCAUACACGACCCUGAUAACUUCGACGCUUCACCAAAGAAAGUGUCCUCAGCCGGGGAGAUAUUCGAUCCUAGAUUUUGAACAAUCGCGAGUCUUGUCCACGAUGUCGAGGAGACAUCGACGCGGGGUCAAAAUGACAAGACCGGUCGAAAGAACGGCAUGGCAAGAAGAAAGCGACGAAGAGGACUGCAGAAAUACCGAUAUUCAAAUCGGUUGCAGCACGCCUGGCCAAAAUGAAAUGAUCAUAGCCAACACGUGCGAACGCGAGGAAGUGGCGUACUCCUGUCACGGCAGCUGGGAAGAAAAGGGAACAUGGUACACGAUAGUCUCCCAAAGGAGCACAGAGUUGACAGUGGGCCUUGGACAGACGUUUUGCUUCUCCAUGCGCAUGGCCGAUGCCAUGGAGAAAUUAUCCGCCAGAGGAACCAGGCUCCAGCAACGCGAACAAGAAUUAUGGCUGACGAGACCAGCUCGCACUUGUCAGAGAGAAACGGCCGAUCAAUGGACUUACAGGCUAGCCAGCCAAGGUGUCUGCGAGGACCUGACCAAGGCAGCCUCCAGCGCGGCAUCCUCGUCGUCGUUGUCGAGAGUCUCGCUGGUGUUGUCGGCAGGUGCGGCGCUCUUGUGUAUUUUGCUCUCGAGGUGAUGUGCGUCGACGGCCGUGAACCCCGCUCGCUACGUCAAACCGGAGGCGUGAAAAGAUACGAACGGAUCAUCGAAUAUCGGUCACUCGUCGAACUACGACCAACAGUAUUUACGCGUCCCUUUGGCGAAAGCUAAUGGAAGUGGGACGUCGCCCCCGCCGUUUGGGGGGUCAACGAUGGAGGUCGGGGGACUUCGGAUCGCCAAGGUCCGGACCACCGUUGACGGCAUGGCGCGGAAAGACCCGCUCACAGGCUGUUGCGCUUCGUUUUAUUUUUCUACGCGUCUUGUCUGCGGGUCGUGACGGAAAAGACGGAUACUCGUUGCCCGCAUCAUUUACCGAUAGUCGUUACCUCGUUUCCAUUGCUCUUUGCGAGCGUCCUUAAGCGGCGAGGACGUAAAGGCUUGCACGGACAUCUCGAGUAGCGGUAACGAUAGGCACGGCGGUAAGAAUCGAUGCAAACUGCCGAAAUACGACGCCAUUUGACAUUUUCGCGGUACCGUUGCCAGAGGUAGCCGCGAAGACCUUAAGGUGACGCGAAGAUGGCAUCGAAGGAGCCUCGUUCGUGAAACUUUUCUCUGAACUGGGCUUACCGAAUCGUUUUACCGAACUUUACCCCGUCAAUAUGGAAGCUAUAAGGCAGGUCCCGACCGCCAUGAAAUUUCAUUCUUUAUACAACAUUUUUUAAAUGUCUACAAACGAAUUAAAAAAAUUUUAAUUCACGGGGGUCAGGAUCUCCCUUCCGGCCUCUGUAUCUACGCUGUAAAAUCUGAAACGAUUCGGCACAUCCGGUACGAAAAAAAAAAAAGUUUCACAAAGGAGAGCUCCUCCACGCCACCCAGUACUUGACAUUUCGCGUUGGAUUUGGUCACGUUUAUUUACCUUUACGCGUUCCUGUCGAGUAAAAGGGAGAUUACGGGAGUCUCGCGACGUCGAGCGCGGAAAAGGGGGGCAUUUUGUUACAUCGAGUCGGUCGUGGAAUUGAGGCGACAGGCCGUUGUGCCUUGCGAAGCGUACGUUUUAGAAGUGCGGGGUUACUUCGCUUGCCUACGGAAUGAAGGGAUAAAUCGCGACAACAGUCUUUGAAUGCGAGCCGUUCCGGGGUUUAAGUGCUACGAGUUCGUGGGUAUUUAAAGGCCGCUGUAAAUAUAAUCAGGGUAUGGUGGACGAGGUUCCGACAAGGCUAAUCAGGAGGGGACUUAAAACAAUGAGGAUUUCGAGUAACUAGGUAGGUUAGGUUCUCGACUGCCAAGUCGGAGGCGAGGGGCGGAAACAAUUUUUAUUCUCUAGCUAGUUGCACAUGUGUAUAUAAUAAUUUAAAUACUGUAUAAAGACUGUUUUUAAGAAGUGAAACUAAUGUACAUGCUGCCUAAAGGCCUUUGGUUGGUGGUCGCUUGUCCACUGCAAGGUGCCUGGAGUGCAUUUUCAUUUCUCGAGGUACUUCGUGUGGAAAUUCUCAAGUAUUAAAAGCACCGAGGGGCUGUUCGCUCGGAAAUCGGUGAAAACCAUUCCUUUCCUUCAAAACCGAUUGCCUUUGAUUCGAUACGACAAACGGAGACGCGAUUCGGUAACGAGCGGGGACGCAAAAGUGACGUCCGAGGGGUCGAUCGUUCGUGAAAUUUUUCUCCGGACCUGGGGCACCGAAUCUUUUCACCCUUUACAACGUAAAUAUGGAGACUAUAAGAAAGGACCUGGCAUCCAUGAAAUUUCGAUUUUUUUUUUCCUAAUUAGUUAAAUGUUUUAUACAACGUGACGCUUUAUGGAUGUCAAGACCUUCCUCGUAGUUUCCGUAUGCGCGUUGUAAACGAUGAAACGAUUUGCUACUCCUAGUUCGUUUCGUAAGAAACGUUUCAUAAACGAGACCUCUUUGACGCCACCUUCGCGUCACCUUGAAAUCGUGACAAUAUUUCAGUUAUUUCCGACUUCCAAUAAUUUCUGCACGUUGACGAUGUCCACGUGAUUUGUAGUUUUAAAUCCAUGAUUUCCCGAGUAAACGGCCCCUCGGAAUGCGCACUACGAGAGCCAAAGGCUUCGGACGCGGUCCUAUCGCCGGCAACCCCUGUGGUCCUUCUCUUUCGUUUCUCUCUCUUUCUCUCCUCUCCUCUCUCCCUUUUUAAGAAACUCCGACGAGUCAACUGUACUUAUUAAGCAUGCUGCUUUACGUCCCCACCCCGGAGCGAAGGGACGUUACAACCGCCCCUUGCACUUCCGCUAUACAUUUUUCAAUUCCGCGAGUCGUCGUCGGUUUCAACGUGUCUAAAUAAUCCCAAUCGAUGUCCCGUUUUCUCAUUGUCACGACUGUAACGAAUUAUCACAGAGAUGGAUGUAAUAUUUCUUAGUUUCGGUCAUUAAGCUCCGGGGUGGGCGGCACGUAGAAAAGCACGAGCAGCGCAGCCAAAAACGAUGUUAAGGUGAUGCGAAAGUGGCGUCAACUAGGUCUCGUUUGUGACUUUUCUCCAAACUGAGGGUACCAAAUCGUUUCAACAUUUAUAAUGUGAAUAUGCAACGUAUGCGUGCUGCAGGGGAGGUCCCGCCACCCAUCAGAUUUCAAUUUUUUUUUUUUAACAUUUGUUCAAAAUUUUGUAUGAAAAAUGAAAUUUGAUGGGGUCAGAACCUUCUUUAUAGCUUCCACAUUCCCGUUGAGGAAUUCCGAGCUGAGGAAACAAUUUGAUACACCCCGGAAAAAGUUUCACGAACGAUCGACCCCUCGGAUGCCACUUUCACGUUCCUGUAAGCUCUGAACCGUUUUAAAAAGUGUACAUAUUAGGUAUCUCUCAGUCGGUGGUCUGUGUUCCGGGCUUUGUAGCACGUAAAGGUUCCAUCAAAUCUGUAAAUUGACGUCCUAGCAUAAUUCCGUAACGAAUAAUUCCCCGAGUGGCGGAGAGCUCCUGCAGUGGCAAAAAGGUAUAUAUCCUGUCCUGUAAAAGAGGCAUGUACAAUGUCUCUCUAAAGAGACUGCCUUCAGGCUGAAGGACUGCAGUCCGCUCCUGCGCAACGGCGACCGUGUCGUAUAAAAUGGAUAUUUUUACAAAAAGUUAUAACAUGUAACACGACCGAGGCAUCUCGACCCUUCUUUCUUCCCUUUCCAUUUUUUUUUUCUGCCUUUUACUCUUUCUCCCUCUUUCCCUCUGUACAGUGAUAAAAGUAACUUUACCACUUUAGGAUGUGCCCGGAAAACGGGCGCUACGGGCGAUGUAACUGUAAUGCAGCUGAAAGUUUCUCAGCGGGGAGGAAAGGGCACAUGCAGCCGAGAGAAUUGUCAGGCUGUAUGGAGAGCAAUCGCGACUUUUGCCGUUUAAGAUUUAGCGCUUUUUUCAAAUCAUUCUGCUUUUCCUUCGCGGCCGUGUUAUCGUUUUAAGGCUUUCGACUUUUUGCGAUCUUCCAUCUUCAAUUAAAUCGCGCGAUAAAACAGAAAUUACUAUUUGAAGCGCGAUUACCGUUUAAAAAUACGGAUCAAAGUCUGGCGCUUUAAAACUUGGGAACGUGGACGCGAAGGAAAUACAACUUUAUUUCAAAUCAACGCAUCGAAUCUUGAACGACAAAACCUGUAAUUACUUUCCGGACAACCUGAUACAAGGAACAAACGUGUAAAGAAACUAAAAAGGUGUGGGUAAAGUGCCACUGUCAGACGCUCCAUUAAGUGAUUACCUAAUUACAAAAACUAAACGGAUGAAGAAAAAAAAUGGAAACCACAGAAUUAAACUGAGCAAAAAGUAUAUACGUAUAUAUAUAUAUACAUGUAUGUAUAUAUACAUAUGUUUUUUGUUUAUCACUGUGAUGAUUACACGAUUAUUAUAAAUAUUAGAGGUUAAGGCGAUUUGAGUGUUGUUUUUCUUGCCACCGUAUAGGAACGAGGUAUGGAUUAAUUGUAUCCUAAGGGUUUCGGGGCUUUUAAGGAAAUCGUACGUGGGCUUCUGCUUGCCUACAUUAUUACUUUCGAUCUAAUUAUGUCAUUAAUGGACUAUGUAUUAUAUUGCAGUACUCGUAAGGGAUGAGAGUCGAAGCUAACGUCUAGCAACAUGCAGAUACAUUAUCGGUUCGUUAUUACGCGAUUAGUUUCUUAAUGCAUGAGAGAGGCGAUGGGAGUCAGGGAAAGAGAGCGUGACUAACUUUUUCUAAUCGUAUUAGAGGAAGAAUGCGGUGCGAAGAUAUCCUGGAUACGAUAGAUUUUUCAUAUCGAGAAAAAUCGACUUCCCCCCCGUUCACCCUUUAACGUUUCCACGUUUCAUGCGCAUAGGAACGGGCACACGGAUGUUCAGUGAAUAUUUUUAUGAGCGUACCUAUUGUAUUUCCAAGAUGUUUUGUAUGGCAUUCGCUGAAGGCAUCGUAAUAAUAAUAUUUAAUAGUUUACUUUUUAGGUCGAGCGGUGUACUCGUUUCUUCGCCAAAAGGUAUUCUUAUGCGUUCGUUCUCAACUUUCAUUGCGCGUGGAUUCCCCGCGUUACAAGUUGAGCGACAGAGAUUUCUUCUGAAAAUGUUUGGCCGAUCUCCGACCUGCGGAUUUUUUAUCCUUUUUUGAGAUUAAGGAGUAAGUUGAGAUUUUUCCCGCGAACCAAUGAAUCGACGUUCCCAACCGGUGGGAACGUCGCGGACGACCCCACGCAACGAUCUACAUUCGAGCUACAGUCUAUUCGACCUGGCUACUUACGUUUGCCAAUUUUUUAACAAACGCAAAAGCCACUGAGUAGCCUUCUGUAUCUUCGAUCUCAUAUCUGCCUUUUCCAGACGCUAGCCGUUCAACUUGUUUAUUACACGGUACCACUGUAAGUGCCAGUCAGUGCUGAUUGUCACGAUACGAGCUAGCAUCAUGUGUAAUGUUCAUUAUUAUAUUUUGAAUACGAAAUAUAUAUAUUGAAAA